AUGAAGAUAUCCCUACUAUCCAUUGCUGUACUACUAUGUCUGUCCAGUAUUCAUGCAGAAUCACAAGAUCAGCAACAAGAUGCCUAUCUGGCAUCCAUCAUGGCCAACCCCAAAUUCAAGCCAAAUACACUGGGCAAUGUAAUUCCCGGCCGAUUCAUCAUUGAAUUUGAGCAAGACUACAGAGGAUCCUCGCUUGAAUUUGUAAACGACAUUGAAUCAGAAAUCGACAUCAGUCCUCGCAUCAAGAUGAACAUUGCGCAAGACUACAGCUCAUCGCCCUCGCUGUUUCGGGGCGUCUCCAUCUCCAUUGAUCAGCCUAGCAGCACCUUGCAAAAGAGAUCCGAGCAAGAGCAGGAACUGCACAUGCAGUCUAUCCAUAACACGGUGCUACGGAAAAUAUUAGAGCAAAACCGCGUGAAGCACAUCUAUCCUGUCACUGAGAUCCCAAGACCCAAUGUCCAACAAAUGUCACCCACUAUAGACGCCUACGCUAUCGAUCAAGACAGCCAGAUUAUUCCAGGGGCACCCACGCUGGAGCUUCCAGACAACGGGCUACCACUGCCAUUCUCACAUGCCAUGACCCAGGUAGACAAAGUGCAUGACAAAUACAAGGGAAACGGUGUAUUGGUCGGAAUUAUUGAUUCUGGUAUUGACUAUCGUCAUCCUGCGUUUGGAAGUGGAUUUGGCCCAGGCUAUCAGGUGCGAUUUGGCUAUGAUUUGGUGGGCAAUCAGUUCAAUUCAAGAGAUCCGCUUUCGAGAAAACAACAAGAGACUCCUUUAGAUACUUGUCUAGAUGGAAACGGUCAUGGAACGCAUGUAGCUGGUAUUAUUGCCGCUAAUGACAAGAUGUUUAACUUUACAGGCGUAGCUCCAGAGGUUACGUUGGGUGCUUGGAGAAUUUUUGGUUGUGAUGGCGCCACUUCAAAUGAUUUGGUGAUUCAAGCGUUGAUCAGUGCGCAUGAAGCCGGUUGUGAUAUCAUUAAUCUCAGUCUGGGAAGCUCCAGUAAUUGGGCAGAUGAUCCCACUGCUAUCAUUGCAAAUCGAGUGGCAGAGAGAGGUUCCAUUGUGAUUGCUGCUGCUGGUAAUGAUGGCUUUGAAGGCGCAUUUUUCAUUUCAUCGCCUGCUAGUGGCACUGGGUCUGUGGCAGUUGCAUCCAUGGAUAACGAGUACAACCUUCAACAAGCAGUGCAAGCAGACAACGGUGCAGAGUACCCCUAUCUAUUGUCCAGCACAACCAAGGAAUUUCCAUCAGGAAAACUAGUCAACUAUAUCAACUCUGAAUCAGCCGAAGACGCCUGUCCAGGCACCAGACCCAACAACUCUCUCAAAGACAAAAUUGUGCUUGUUCAACGAGGUAAAUGUACAUUUGAUGAAAAAGCUGACAUGGUGGAGCAAUACGGCGGUGCUGGUAUUGUGGUGUACGAUAACCAAGAAGAACCUGGCUUCAAACCACAAACACUGACAUCCAAGCUGCCCCUGGCGUCCAUCUCGAUGAGCGCAGGCAAGGAAUUGAAACAAAGGCUCAAUACCAACACAACACUGGCCACGGAGGGCAUCCAACUUACCUUCAAGACAGCACUGGCGCCUCAGAAAGUACCUACAGCGAGAAAGGUGUCCAAGUUCUCCAGUGUAGGUCCAUUGUAUGACAUGAGCUUGAAACCUGAUCUGGGUGGCCCUGGUGGCUACAUUUUCUCUACAUUGCCCAUCCCCAACGGUGGCUAUGGUCUGCUAUCGGGUACAUCUAUGGCUGCCCCUUAUAUUGCAGGCGCAUACGCCUUGUUUUUGGAGGCACAUGGCAAGAAUGUCACUGCUCAGUAUCUCAAAGAGCACUUUCAAAACUAUGCAAAACCUUCCACAACUACUCAUGGCAUCUAUCUCGAUAAUCCAGCUCGCCAAGGCGCAGGCUUGAUUCAAUUGCUGGAUACAAUUCACCAAUCUGUGCAUGUCUCUCCUGGAUCCCUCAGUUUCAACGACACUGCCAACAUCAAGCCUCAAACACUCAAAAUCACUAACCCAUCGAACCGCUCAGUCACCUACAGUGUCAGCCAUCAUCCCAGCCUCGCCAUUUCACCUUACAAUACAACACUGCAAGGCUUUGCACCUCUGAAUCCUCCUCAAUACGCUGCUGAAAAGGUCAAGGCAGAUAUCGAGCUCUCAUUCACACAUGUCACAUUACGACCUGGACAAUCGGCUAACUUGAACCUAACCGUUAAACGCAUUGGAGGCAAUCAUGUAGAUCAGCCCUACCCCAUCUAUGGUGGAUUCGUUGAAUUCUCUCCUGUCAACAAUUCUGCGCUGAGAUCUAUCCAUGUGCCUUACGUCGGUAUCCGAGGCUCCCUUGCUGAACUUCCCAUCUUUGAUAACGGAUUCCCUCGACUCUUGUUAACCAACAGCACGCUCUUGUUUGAGAAAGAGGUGGGCAAUGGAAAGACCAUUGUUGGUUUUGUCAUUGAGCGAUCCAGCUUUCUCUCGUCGUUUGUCACAUCCACUUUCCGUUUACUCACGGGUACAUCUUAUAUCGUCACUGAAGUGUUGGAUGCCAAUAUGACCGAGAUUGGUGUGUUCUCAGAAGACAGUUACUUGUCGAGAAAUACAUUGCAAGAGCAAGAUUUCAUCUUUACACAACGUUGGAAUGGUACUGUCAUCCCCACGGGAUCGGAUAGCAAUGUCGUAGAGGCAGAGGCAGUGAAGCCUGGGCUUUACUUUUUGAGAUGGAAGGCAUUGAAGCUCAUGUCAGAUGCUUCUCGUCCUGAGAGCUGGUUUACAAAGGUGUCUCCACCUAUCUUGAUUAGAAACUAG